CAUUGUUAAUAACAACACCACUAACAACAACAACAGUAGAAUAAUUAUUUUGUUUAGUUAUUACAGUGAUUAGGUGCUGGUCGACGUGACGUUAAUAGACUUGCACUUUUUUGAUAUUACGGACACGUGAUUACGAUUUUUCUUCAUAAUUCUUAAAUUGAGUGUGUUCCAAAAAUGACUACAGAUUAACAAGUAUCUAAUUGGUGCGUUUUUUAAACUAGUUAAAAGAAGGAUUUGAGGGAGACAGGUUUUAAAAGGAUAUGCAUUUUAAUUAUCCUUUAAGAUGGGUAUUAAUUUUGGCUGGUGGACAAUUCUUAAACUUAUAGAAGUCGGUUUAGUUAUUGCCUGUUUAAUAACAAAAGGGGUGACAGAUCACGAGGCAACAAAAAUAUUCCUUUAUCUUCAAAAAUUAUCCAGAGAAUGGAGCUUACUGAAUAAUGUGACAUGGGAUAGGGUGGGAGCAGCGGUAGCUGAUGCAACCUACGGGGGAUUUCUGAUAAUAACAAUAGGGUUGUUUUUGGGGAGGCUCUUCGGGGAACUUCCCACAAAACGAAGAAUCACUGAAAUCGUUUUACUGGGCAUAGGAAUUAUUUUAUUCGUUAUUCUGGGUAGUCUGGAAUUCGCAGCCUUGGAUUCAGUUCCACACGAUCUAGUAGAUAAUGCAGCAAUAUUGGGUUGCUUUUCUUUGGCGACGGCCAUCUUGUUCCUUAUAGACUUGGCAGGACCCAGGAAAAAGGACACCAAAGAAUCUAUCAAAACAGAGUCUAAAUAUUCCCAAACCAAAAUUGGAUCCGACUCGUACGAAAUCGAAUCUGAGAAGAAGCCUGUCACUGUUAUCAGCCAAGAAUACCACGACGGACACAUGUCGAAAGAUAAGCCUACGAUCCAUGGAUAUAGUUACACAAAUGGAUUGAGUCAGACCGAUUUGAAUAAUAAAGUGACUGUUGGUGGACAAUACGGACUGAAGCAGAAUGGCUAUCACAAAUUAAAUGAUAAACCUUUGGAGCCUAAGUUCGACAUUUAUGGAAAAGACAAAAGGAAGUCUACCGAUUUUGAAAAAGAUGCCGAAGUCGAUGAAGUCAUAUCGCAAAUUGUUAAACAUGAACCUGUUUGGAGUAGAAUAAGAAAAGGACAGUAUGGAAAAUUUGAUAUGACGCCGUAUUAUUACUUUCCAUCGCCUGCACCUCCGGAUUCUGAAAAGGUUCCGUCAAAACCAGGAGACCCAGGAUACGUCCAACACACUGCCCAGAAAUGGGAACACCAACCCAGCCAUAAACCACCAACUGACGUAUGACUCUAGCAAAUAUCUGAUGCGCUUUAACGACAUAGUGAAAUGAUAAUGAUUCAAGACUUCGACAAUUUUUAAGACUUAGCCUUAAAACAUUAAGGAAGCUGCAGUCCCAUUUCAUCUUUAUUAUUAUUGUAUACCUAUGUUUCUACUGUAUUUUCAUUAAGGUGAUAGUGAUAUAUCUCAGGUACAAAAGGGAUAUUAAAAUGUCAUUAUCAUAUAAAACAGAUUGAAUAAAUGUGUAUCCAAGAUUAGACACAUCUAACUGUAGUUUAAUAUCAUUAAUGGUAUUAAAAACUGUCAAAUCUGAUUUUAUUUGUAAGCACGUGUUUUUGUACUAUUAAUCUGCUAAGCAAUUUUCUGUCAGUAGAGUAUUUUGCAUUGUAUUUAGCUAACUGUCGCGUUUUUUAUCUGCAUAAUUGUAUACUUACGUUAGUUUUUUCUUUUUUUGCAUUAGUAGACGGAUACGUGUUUUAAGCGGUUUAGAACUAAUUCGUUUGCAUUUUUUAUUAUCAUAUUAUUCUAGUUUUUUGUAGGUAUUGACUACUCUAACUUUGUAUUCACUCUUGCAGCCUUGAUAAUUUUCAAUGUCGGAGAUUCAUGUAUAGUGCAACCAUAGAAUUAUAGGGAUAAACACGUAAAUAAAUACGAAACGUUUUGUUUGUGAAGCCUAGUCCGUAAUGUAUUUAAGCUAUACAUAUAACAUACAUUUAUUUAAUUAGUUACGUUAUUUAAAGCGUUUGACGCAGGUAAAAUAAAUUACUCUGUGAAAUU